AGUGAGAAACUAAUCACGAAUAAAUCUUUGGUAUUUAUUUGCCUACUGGCCUGGAAUAGUAGUCUCACUCCAGGAUUUGAAGUGCUUUGAGAAAGAUGCCACGUUAUCUUUUGUGUAGGGAGGAUACUUGGCAUAUGUCAUAGAUUUGACCACCAGUGUUUACUCCUGUUGUUUUAACCUGCUGUACAAGAAUGCAAAUCCACUUUCAGUUAUUAAAAUGUUUCCUGUCUCCUUUUCUCUUUCAGAAGAUGAAUAAUCUUUCAUUUAGUGAGCUAUGUUGCCUCUUCUGCUGUCCACCUUGCCCAGGGAAAAUUGCUUCAAAAUUAGCAUUUUUGCCACCUGAUCCAACCUACACACUGAUGUGUGACGAAAGUGGAAGCCGCUGGACUUUACACCUGUCAGAACGCGCGGACUGGCAGUACUCCUCGAGAGAAAAGGAUGCUAUUGAGUGCUUCAUGACUAGAACCAGUAAAGGCAACAGAAUUGCCUGUAUGUUUGUGCGUUGCUCACCCAAUGCCAAAUACACUUUACUUUUCUCACAUGGAAAUGCUGUAGAUCUCGGUCAGAUGAGCAGCUUUUACAUAGGGCUGGGAUCACGGAUUAAUUGUAAUAUAUUCUCAUAUGAUUACUCUGGAUAUGGUGCAAGUUCUGGGAAGCCAACAGAGAAGAACCUGUAUGCAGAUAUUGAAGCUGCUUGGCUUGCUCUUAGGACAAGAUAUGGCAUCCGUCCUGAAAAUGUGAUUAUAUACGGCCAGAGCAUAGGGACAGUGCCCUCUGUGGAUCUUGCUGCUCGGUAUGAGAGUGCUGCUGUUAUUCUUCAUUCUCCUUUAACCUCGGGAAUGCGAGUUGCUUUUCCUGAUACCAAGAAGACUUACUGUUUUGAUGCAUUCCCAAAUAUUGACAAGAUUUCUAAGAUAACCUCUCCAGUAUUAAUAAUUCAUGGGACUGAAGAUGAAGUCAUUGACUUUUCACACGGCCUCGCAUUGUUUGAGCGUUGCCAAAGACCUGUGGAGCCUCUGUGGGUUGAAGGAGCAGGACACAAUGAUGUGGAGCUUUACGGACAGUACCUUGAAAGGUUGAAACAGUUUGUGUCACAGGAACUGGUAAAUUUGUAGGAUGCUCUGUAAAUUGACCUCCUGGGUUUUCUUGUCUUGCUGAACUGCACUUCUUGGUAAAUAACAAAAAAAACCUGAAGGUUUUGUUUGCAAAUCAUGUCAGUUGCCUUCAUCCAUGUACAGGUAAUGAUUUGUUAACAGACUUAAUGAAGGUUUUAAUUACCAGAACUAGAAACGGGAACUAACAGUAUCAUGCAGUCAGGCUGUGUAAUUUAUAUAUUUUCUGUCAUUUUUUUAAACAUCAAGAUGAGUACUGUAUGAAAUUUUAAUUCUAUAAAAUCAAAUGCUGUAAAAGUAUUGCCAAAUGCUUUUGCAUAUCAGAAACAAGUUUAUAAGUAUUUUUAAAACAUCUCAAUGUACUAAACUUUAUCCUGGUAUACAAAUGUAAUAUUCUUUCAAACAACUAUAUAUCUAAAGCAGUUCAAGUACUCAGAAUAAACUGUAUAAAAACAAAGAAAAAACAAUGACAACACGAAAGGUAACUAGAGUUGACCCAAACCCUGUUGUACAGGGUUAGAGGCUUACGUGGUUUAUUUUAUUGUAAAAUACAUUGACUUUUCUGUAUUUUCUGGUUACUAUACAUUUAUUCUUCAAGGAAAAAAUGAAGUAAGUCUUAAUUUUUAUGCCAUCUGUUAACUUACAAAUGAGUUGUCUUGUAAAUGCGAAGUCAUGACGGCACUGAAUUUUAACCAGUUUGGUACUGUGAGGCAACCACUUAAAAGUUGGGUUAGUUAUUUAAAAGGUAUCUAGGGCUUCAGCAAUGAUUUUGUAUGCAAAAUUGUCUUCAAUUUUGACUGAUCUCAUAGAAUUGUAGUGCUCUUCAUUAUAUGAAAAUGUGAAAAUCCAUUAGUUGUUCUUCAAGACCACAAAUAGACUGGCUAUUUGGUCCCUUUUCACUUUGGCAAUUUUGGAAAAUAGGACUUAUUCAUUUGGAGUACUAUGAGAAUUUCAUGGAUUUACUCCUGAAUAUUGGAGAUAAGAAAACAUUUAAUACAUAUAAGUUUUUAUAUAAACCAGUAUAGUAAAAAUAAAGUAAAAUAAAGCUCACACACAAAAACAAACUAAGUUGCCUUUCCUUGAAUGAAUCCUGCCUGAAUAAAACAAUGAAAGAAAAUAAAAAAUAAACGGUAUGUAGUCUCAAUUUGUAAUGAAUGAAUAUUGACAUAAUACACACUGUGGAUAUAUUUUAAGGCCUUAUGUAGUUUUAAUUGUUCUGCUUGUUCUGUGGUUAUGUCUAAGACUAUAUGAUUCUCUUCAAAGUAUAUCAAGUAUUGUGAAUGCU